UUCUUCAACUCCACAUCCAACAAACGUCAGUAUUCGACACAGGGACAAUGGCGAGGACGUAAAUAAACUCAUUGCUGGGCAUUUUAAACAUUUACCGCUGGGGAUUUUAAUCCACUAACGACUGUUCACAGAGUUAUCGCUUAACUGUGAUCAAAGACACACGGAGAUGAAUCGCUACGAUAACCUGGAGUUGGAUUUGGAGUGUGAAGGAGGAGGAAGCGUUGAACAAAGAGCAGCGUUAUUUGGUGGGAUGUUCAAAAGAUCGUCUAAAUCUGUGGAACCAUUAAUCCAAGCACAGGACAAUUUAUCAGCCAGUGGUGACCUUUCAAAGAGCAAUGACAGUCUGAAUGACAACAACAGCAAGGAAAAAGGAGGUGGACUGAAAGGAAUGUUUAAGAAGACUACCAAAUCUUCCAAAGAGGCUCCUCCACAGGUCACCAUGUCAGUAAAAAAUCCUGAACUCUCAGCCAGUAGUGACAGUUUAUCAGACAAGUCAUCAAAGGACAAAACAGGAGUUUUUGGAGGAAUUCUAAAAGCGUCUCACAAACCAGGACAUGUCCGCAGGCCUUCGCAGGAUCUUUUGGACAGUGAGCUCUCGGGCAGUAAUGGAGGUCUGUCUGAAAAUGCCAACACCAAGGAGUCAGGCGGGAUGUUCAGUGGGAUGUUUAAAAAAUCUCCAAAGCCAAUUGGUGCCAGGACACAAUCCCAGGAGGAUUUGACUGCACCAAGUAAGCUCUCAGGCAGCAACGACAAUCUUUCUGAAACUGGCAGCACUAAGGAGUCAGGUGGGAUUUUCAGUGGGAUGUUUAAAAAACCACAGAAGGCCUUUGGAGCGAGGACACAAUCCCAGGAGGAUUUGACUGCACCAAGCGAGCUCUCGGGCAGCAGCGACAGUCUUUCUGUCACUGGCAGCACUAAGGAAUCAGGUGGGAUGUUCAGUGGACUAUUUAAAAAAUCCCCAAAGAGAACACAGUCCCAGGAUGAUUUGUCUGCACCCGAUGAACUCUCAGGCAGCAACGACAAUCUCGCAGAGAGUAAUGCAAAGGAGAGAGGAGGACUUCUAAGUGGAGUGUUCAAGAAAAAAGUUGCCAAAUCUCAGUCUCGGGAUAAUUUGUCUAUGGAUGUUGAACUCUUUGGCAGCAGCGAAAGCCUCACAGAAAAGUCUUCAAAGGGUGGAGUCUCUGCAAAGAUCCUGAAGAAUCCUUUCACAUCCUCAUCUCAGGAGAAGGAGAAGGAGAAGGUGGGACACUCUGGAGACUCGCAGGAGAAUACAUCUUCCUCAGAGAAGCCCAAAAGCAAACAGAACGGUUUCAGUGCAAUGAUGAAGAGCACGUUCUCCACUGACAAACAGGAGAAGAGCAGAGACACAGAUGAUGAGGAGUUACUGGACAACGGAGAGGAACAGACGAGUCACAAACAGAAUAAAUUUGCUGAGGCUAUGACAAAGCUGAAUCCAUUUAGAACGGCAAACAAAAACGAGAAGCCGGCGAGUUCUGAUGAUGAGGAUCCACCUGCAGGUAGUGAUAAGUCUUCGGGGAACAAACAGAACACCAAGACUGGAGCUAUGUCCAAACUGAAUUUGUUCAACACAGGAAAUAAAAAAGACACAGACUCUGAAGACACAGAAAUGCUCAAGGAGAGCGAGAAACAAGUGGAAGAGAAGCCGAAACCGGUCAGAAGAAAAAAGAUCCAGCAAGAAAUGGAGGAAAAGAAAGAAUGGAGUGAAACGCCACUGGUCCCACCCAGACCUACUAAAGAGGAGAUGAAGAGGACAUCCACGUACGACAAAGUGAAACCAAGAGGAACUGAGGAUAAUCAGGACACACCUGUCAUUCCUCCAAGACCAUCAAAGGAGAGCCAGUCAGAUGACGAACUUCUUAAAGAAGAUGAAUCUGCUGAGGUCAAAGAGGCAGAUGAGGUGAACCUUGCAGAGAGCAAAGCAACCAAGGUGAAAAAACACAGACACAACCCGUUUAUGUCUCGUGCUGCAGCCAAGGCUGCGUCUGAUGAUGAAGAGCUUAAAGAAGAAGCUGAGUCUUUAGCCAAAGAGGAAAACACAGAUGAUGAGGCCAAGGAGAAAAAAGAGACCAAAGUCAAGAAACCAAAGCGACACAAUCCCUUCAUGCCACGGGUCAAGGCCAAAGUCACAGGCCAAAAGACGAAUGACGACGCUGCAGAGAAUGAAGGUGGAAACAGGUCAUUGUUUGACCGGCUGGAGGACCUACGCAUUGACCCAUCAGAGCCUGAAGACAGCCAGGAUGUGGAGAAUCUCAUGGAGUGGUGGAACACGGUGGAACAAUGGGAAGACCUGCCGCCUCAGGAGGAAGACUUGACGGAAAAAGAAGAGGCCAAGGCUUUUGCUUUGACAGCUGAUAAGGUACAGAAGGGAAUUCGUGUCUUCAACAAACUGUUCUCAGAGCGUGCUGAGAGUCUCUGGCAGCACGUCAUCGACCUCAACGGUAUUGCCGAUGGUUUGGACAAGUUCAACAAGAACACAAAAAUCGCCCAGAUCACAGGCGGCUCCACCAGUGCCAUUGGGGGCGUUGCCACCAUCGCUGGCCUCGCUUUGGCCCCAGUCACCUUUGGAACCUCAUUGAUUGUGACGGCAGUGGGACUCGGCGUCGCCUGCGCUGGUGGACUGACAUCAGCAGGUGCCGGCAUCUCCAACCAGGUCAACAACUCAAUGGACCGGAAGAAGGUGGAGAAGAUCGUGGAGGACUACCAGGAGAAGAUGUUGGACUUGAACAAGUGCCUGAAAUUUAUCAAGCAAGGAAUUGAAAACUUGCGCAAAUUUGACCUGAUCAAGAUGAAAAAUCAUGCCUACAAUCGUGACUUCCCUGUGCUGAGUAGUAGUUUCUAUGAGGACGGUGCCAUGGCAGGAAAAGCUAUCCUCAUCAAUGCCAAUGAGAUCAUGCGUGUGGUUCAGAUUGCGAACGUGGCCGGCAGCACAGCAGCCAGAGCGGUCCAGAUCGCCAGUAUGGCCACCGGAGUACUCACUGGCCUCUUUGUAGGUAUGGACAUCUACUUUGUGGCUAAAGACUCGAAGGAACUCAAGAAAGGGGCCAAGUCUGAGUUUGCUGCCAAAAUCAGGGAAGUAGCAACACAACUACAUGAUGGUCUGGUGGAGCUCAAUUCCAUUCGAGAGGAACUGCAGUCCACCACGCCAGAAGAAGGCACAGACCAGAACAAUGCUGCUUUUGACAAAGACAAGAAAGAGAAGGACUAUAGAUAUGAUAGUUCUGAGGAAGAUGAAAUUGACCGCAUCAAAAAAGCAAUCAAAAAGGACAUUGAAAACCGAGAAUAUGUUUGACUUCUAAACUUUAAACCAGUUCCCCAUGCAAGAGUUCUUUUAUAGCACUAGCUCAAAACUACACUCAUGAAAUACACAGUUUCUGGGAAAAAUCUAAAUAUUCUUUUGGGAAAUGACCGUCUUAUCAACAUUUGCCUUCAUGGGAGGAACUGAGGAUUUAUGGUUGAUAAAGUUUCAUAUCUGCUUUUCAGGCAGUUGUGCCAAUGUGUGAAACUGCUGUUUAGUCUUUUCUUCAAGUGUAUUUUUUAUGCUCAUUUUUAUUCAUUAAAGACAUAGGUGUAGUAUUUUAAGUAUUUUUCAGAAUUAUUAAUAAUUUAAACUUUAGAGUCUUAUUGUCUCAAUGCCUGAUAUGGAAAAACUGGAGCUUUUACUGACUUUAAAGAUUGUGUAUACUCAUUGGGAGUAGUGCCUUUAUUACUAAUAAUGCCUUACAAAUACACUGUGAUGUUUUGUUAAGUUAUUUUUUGGGGGUGUGGGGCCUGCAAUAAAACCAUUUCCUCUA